CCGCAUCAGCUGAUACACGAAAACAAAGAAAAGUUGACAGCUGUUUAACUUGGCGACAUUGCUAUUUUAAAGGAAUAUUGACUUUUUACAAGGGGCUGGUGGUAUUGGUGAGUCCUGAGGUGCGCGAGUGUGUCCAGUCCAUGAGUGUGUCCCGUAAUGCUCCUCCAAUGACCCGCCUGGACGCCCCUGAUCUGAGGACACCCCCGCGAGACAUGGACGGGUAAUCCUGUGAUGGAGAAUUCCCCUUUGAACCAGGCUCACCGAGAGCAGCGUCGAGCAGAGUCUUUCCAGCGAGGAGGAAGGCUAAAGGAAGCUGCAGAGUGUCAUGGUAGAGCUGCGGAGUUGCUGAAAGCAGCACUGAGCCUCACCAAGAAUGUCUUAGCUCGCCAGAGCAUCACUCUGCAGCAUGAGCAUCACCUGCGCCAACACGACCUUCUCAGGAUUCGCGUCAAACAGCUGGAGAAGUACUUGAAGGCAAUGGAAAGCCAGCGUGCUAAGAUUGGGAGUGUGAGUGGAAGCAACAGUUCAGGCUCAGGAUCAGGCAGCCGAGAACUUCCUGGCAGCCUCACCUCAAACUCAAGCAAGAUGACUCAUACAAUGUCAUUGGAAGUGACAAAAAAUGUGGAAAAGGUGCAUUCCCUCCUGGAUCGGUUGCUUACAGAAGGGAAUGAAAGCAAAGGUCUAAAAGCCCAGACUGACUCUUCCACUGAACCUCAAGAUGGAAAGACUAGCAAUGAAAGUCCUGCAACAACUUCAACAGCAGUCAAGUCCAAGGAGUUUGCAGGAAUGGUGGAGGAGCUGCACUCGUUGAUGGAUGACCAGAAAGGCCUAAUUUCCCAGCUUAUAACAGAACUAUCUUCAUAUGAAAAGGAAAAUUCACUCCUGAAGAACCAGGUCCGUGAACUGCAACUUCGUUGCGAGAACUAUGAGAGUGAAAGGAGGCGGCUACGGGCCAUGGCAGACUCCAGUUGCUCACCUUUUGUGUUCUCACCAUUGAGUGAGUUCUCCCCAGACCCUCCAAAUGUGCCUGAUUUGGCCCCUCUGGAGAUGCCACCGCUGGACUUUCUUGACCAUCAUGAAACAGGCUCUUAGUCAAGAAGUAGGCUACUGGCAUGGAAGGGUGCAAACCAUAUUCCCUGUUUUUAUUGCAAUCUUGUAUGACAAUACAAGAAGACUCUCUCUCUGUCUCUCUCUCUCUCAUAUAUAUAUAUAUAUAUAUAUAUAUAUAUAUAUAUAUAUAUAUAUAUAUAUAUAUAUAUAUAUAUAUAUAUAUAUAUAUAUAUAUAUAUAUAUAUAUAUAUAUACACACACACAGUCAAGCCUUAGUUUAUGAGUUUGAUUCGUUCCAGAAUUUUGCUCGCACACCAAAACACUCGUAAACCAAAACGAAUUUCCCUAAUGAAAUUAAUGUAAAUCCCAUUAAUGCGUCCCAUAUCUCAAAAAAAUAUUUAUAUAAAAAUCAUUUUACAUGUUAUUUUUUACAGAAUUACAGAAUUAAAAUAAUUUUACUAACAAAUAGCAAUGAUAUAUAAUAUGAAACACAAAUCAAUGUGUUAUGGUUGUUACGGAGACUCCCACAACCGCUAGCUAUGCUCGAGGUGUAGGCUUCGCCCUGGGGUUUAGCAGCUGCAAUUUCCCUGUUCUCAAGACACCGAAACAACGUUCGACCACCAACGUGAAGUUAACUCGACGUAUCGUCUGAGAUGGAGGGUGAACGGGAGUCAGUCACGUCCAGGAGGGCAUACAAGCUGCCGAGACUCGCCCUCCGUUCCUGUUGCGAGCAUAGUAUCCACCGUUCCUGUUUUCUUCUUUGCAGCACCAUCCCUUUUAACCAUCUUUCUUGGGGACAUUGUUAAAGCACAAAGAAUUCACACUGCAGUGCUGAAAACAUACAGUAGUGCUGAAAAUAUGACACGAGCACACGGAUUCUAUUUCUAUGAGUUUACAAUGCGGACUGAAACUAGAGCCGUCAUCUGGCGGUCAAAAAUUACUCUAGACCGAGCAAGAAUUAACCCCAAAUCUUGCGAAACUUGCAUUUCUUGUCCCUAAAGUCAUUUUUGUCAAGGGUCGUCCUGAAAUAUGUGUAAAAUAUGUAUCGUAAUGUCUCACCCCCCUUCCUAUUGCCUUCAUAAGCAGCUGGCAGUGGCUGUCAGUCUUGGCAGGCCAGAGAAAUUUUAGGGUUGACAUCCGUUCCUUAAAAUAUGGAUUCGUUCUGUAUUUUAGGAUGGGAUGUUGCGUUCCUUGUUUGUUUUAGAUCAAGGUGGGAGCCCUAACUGAGACUCUAUUCCCAGUAUUUUCUGCUUUAAGCACUCUCAUCUUGCUGUGAACAAAGGGAACCCAUGCUCACGUCUUCGACUUGUACAAAGAAACACGUCAGUCCUCGUCGAAAGACUGACUUGAUCAGCUAGGCUGCCGUAAGCCGACAGAGUCGGUCCAUCGGCAUCCUCCCUUCCCCUUCAUGAGCCAUCACCCAGCAAGGGUUUGUGGUCCCUCCUCGAAGGGAUGUACGCACUUGACCAUGAUGGCCUCCAUAUAGCCCGUGUUCCCACCUGGGGGUUGGCAACAACAACAACAACAACAACAAAAAAAAAAAAGAAAGGAACAAACAGGUUGCUUGUAUACCAAGUCACCGCUCGUAGACCAAGGCAUCUUUUGUGGGAUUUUUUUGCUUGUAAAUCAAAACACUUGUAAACUAAGGCACUCUUAAACCGAGGUUUGACUAUAUAUAUAUAUAUAUAUAUAUAUAUAUAUAUAUAUAUAUAUAUAUAUAUAUAUAUAUAUAUAUAUAUAUAUAUAUAUAUAUAUAUAUAUAUAUAUAUAUAUAUAUAUAUAUAUAUAUAUAUAUUUUGCAGGUUAAUUAUUUUUCGUAUGUUGACACCUCAUUUCAUCAUUGCUUACUUUAAGUAUGUAUUUUAUGAUCAAUACAUUCAUGUAUCACAACAUGUAAGCAUUAUCAUUGUCAAGAACAUGUUCUUAUGAUCACCAUAUGAUUUUUUUUUUACAGUAAAGGAAGCCCAAGGGCAAGAAGGAAUAAAAACAAAAAACACUAAGCACUGCUUCUAUAAAGCAAAGUAGGGAGGAGUGAUCAAAAGAGAAAUCAAUUGGAAAUUGGAUGGAAAUUUAUUCCUGCUUUGAUUAAAACUUUUUUUUAAUCAAAAGUAUAUGAAAAUAAAAGCUACUGUCACAUCAAUAGUAGUAUGGUUAGAUAAAAGUAACAUGUCUGUACAUGUCAUAUUCAGUUUUAAUGAAUGGCCAGAAGUUGAUAUCAGAAGCCACAUAUCUUACCAGAAUUUAAUUCUUCUAUAAGAAAUGUUCCAUUGGUAUGGUUCUUAUUCCUUGGCCUUCACAUUUAAUUGUUUUAAAAUCUUGGAGCCAAAUCUCCAUGCAUGAUAUACCAUAAUGUUACAAGAAUUUCAUAACUGCAAUAACAGAAUUAUUGCCUUACUUCAUGUAAGAAAGAUUAGGAAAAUCAAGUUUCAUACACAGUAAACCUUCACUUUAACAAACUAAUUAGGGGGAAAGGGAUGACGUUAUAUCCGAAACAUUCAUGUAUAAUGAAUUUUAUGAGUUGAAAGUUUGCUAUUUCCAACCAUUUCCAUAUAUUACGAAGGUUGUUUGUUAUGUUAGGUGAAAGGUGAGGUAUGAAAAGACAAAUGCAGAGGUGUUUACAGCUGAGUGGAAAAAGCUAGACUUACAAGACAUGCACCGCCCGGUCAGCUUUGUUUCCACUGCCACCAACCGAUGUGUGUGUACCUGUUCAUCCAGUCUACCACCGAACCAAACCCUGCAUAUACCAGUAUAUACCAGACUGGCCCCAAAAGUUUGUUAUAGCUGAAAUUCAUUAUGUUCAUGUAAAAGCAAGGGUUUACUGAACAUCAUUCUCUGUGGUCAAAGAGUGGUGUUCCCUAAACUCCAUGUGUCCCUGCAAGACAGAUGGCGUGGAGAGCAGAAAAGAAUAAAUGGUAUGUUUUGUGUAUAUAUUAUGCUGAGACUGCAUUAGCCCAUUGAAACAUUAAAAUUUGCUCUAAUGUUCAUAUCAAAGUAUUCACAAAUACAUACAAAAAGUAAUAGAGCUUGUUACAUGGUUAAUAGUCUGGCAGACUGUAGUAUUCAGAGAUCUGUGUUUUUAAUUAUUCCUAAGUAAAUUUGCUCGAUAUGAAUUGCUAUGGAGCAUAGUGUGUGUAGGUAAAUAUGAAGAGAUUUUUUACAUUGUGUGAUUUUAAGUUGAGGAUAUGCAAGUACAUGUGAUGCAUGCGUUUGGUUUGGUUAAAAUAAUACUUUGAAUCGGUGUUAUGGAUGGAAGCAUAGGUACAUUAGAAUAGAUGAUGGUAAGUUUUAUAUACAGUGGCAUAUGAGUACAACAAACAUUUCCGUAUUCAUA